AUGUAUGAUGCUAGGAAGUUUGCGGCUUACUUGAAAGUAAUCAAGGCCAUGAUAGAUAAUUUGCAACUGGCUCGUUUCACAUCAAAGAGAGACAUAUACUAUAAGGAUGUCUCCACCUACAAAAAAUCGCAAAGGUACUGUGACACCAUUAUAGAUUCAAUUGCAACUUCACUCGGUAUGUGCUUGGAAGUAGAUUUGCGUAUCUUUCCAUCCAGAAAAGGGCUCAUUUACGGCUCUUUGAAGACGCAUACAGGAGAUCAAGUGUUUGAGUGUAACAGCACCAAGGUCCCAUGUCUAAUACCAAAUUUCGACAGCGAGAGGUCUACCGUCAUGAGUGCAGCCCCCAAAGUGGUCAUUUUAGUAGAGAAAGAUGCAGUGUUUUCUACCUUGUGUGAUCAUUUACGUACAAUCAGCAACCCUAAAGACUUGCUAGUCAUAACGGGAAAAGGAAACCCUGACAUCCUUACCAAGAAAUUUGUCGAGUUACUCUCGAAGUCGUGGCCCACUACUCCAUUCCUAGGCUUUGUGGACUCUGACGUCUUCGGACUCAGUAUAUUCCGCGCCUACAAAUUCGGUAGCCAAUAUCACACUAAGAGCCUACGAAAUCUAACACUUGCUGGCGUAUUUCUUCACGAAUAUAGCCAGGGGCAUCUUGAUAUAACAGCUUACGAGAUCCACUUGGCACAGAACUUUUUGUUGUACAUACAAAAAAAUCAGAGUGAUAAACAGUCCUUCGAAGAACUUGCAAAGUGGCAGCGUGAGCUCUGUCGAAGUAUGACGUUGUACAAGAAAUCAGAGAUGAACUUGGUGGACCCAGGCGAUAGUAAAAGUGCCAUCGACUAUAUCCUAUCUAAGGCCGAUGUGUGGAUCAAUCAGCCCGGACUUAAAAAUUACGCAACCCCUCGUGCGCGCACCAACCUGGCCGACGAACCAAUACCUCGAGAGUGA